GGCAGUUUCCCAGCUGUACCAGUAGGUUUCUUUACCUGUUUUAGGGUUCUUUAGGUUAUCUUCCAGUGACACAACUGUAACCAGUGUUUACUCCGUACUGAAACAUGAAUGGCCUGUGUGAGCCGACGUCCCGGUGACCUUUGCAAUGGGACUGUGCAAACCCAGUGUGUAGUGCAGAGCUGAUGUAUCAGCUGCGGUGUUUGUCUGAGCAGCCAGUGGAAUGGUUACAGAAUGACCUAAUGCUUCUGAGCCCGCUGUCCCGAUCCACAGCAUCGGUUUUCCCGAAGGGUGGGAAGGAGCAACUGAGCCCAGAAUGCAGCAGCGACUCUGCUUCCUAACAAGGACUGGAUCUGAGCCCUGGCAGAAGAGAUCCGCAUGACUUAUGAGUUCUAACUCUUACCCUCGGCUUGGCCCUUGACACUAGUCUGGAGCGCACAUGUUGUUUGGGUAAAUCCAUAGGAGGAAGGAGCAUUGGCAGGAUUUCUUCCCGAGGCGUGCAAGCCUGCGUGUGUGGAGCAUCGCUGUGGAGCACACCCCGGCAGCGAAGCAGUGACUUUUCCGGCUGGGCUGCCGAGGGUUGGUUGUGUCUUUUCCUGAAGCUGUGUGGCAAGGCUGGAAACUCUGAGCAAUUCAGUGCUUCUCCCUUCACAAGCAUCUCCAGGUGUUUGGUGGGGGUAGGGCUUACUCAAGGUCUUGCAGAUGUACCUGCCCUCUGUGGAGGGACAUGGGGCCCCAAACGGAGCUGUGGCAGCUGGGACUGGUAAGAGCCACUGGAUGGGCACUGAGAGGACAGGGCAAACUGCAGCCAGUGGCAAAAGGACAGGACAGCAUGGACCUCUUUCCAAGGCACUGGGGCUUGGGGGACCAGGGGACUGUGGGGUCUGUGUGACGGAGUGAGGCAGUUUGUCCUCAGCAGCUCUUUGGUUAGUUUUGGAGUUGGGUCAACAAGAGUGCACCGAAAAUGCAAACCAGAUGCAAAUGUAGUUAUUUAUGCAGCAACAUGGGCUGGGAACAGCCUUUGACAAGAACGGUUGGGGGUUUGGAGCAAAGGGGUGAAUUGCACAACAACAGAAUCGUGGGAUGUGUGAUGUUUUGAAACAAAACCUGGCACUUCUGUGGUGUCCUACACAAGAGGAGAGGUUCCUGCAGGACCUCAGAAUAAGCUCUAUGCCCUGGGAGCAUGCAAAUGCCACAUCACGUAUGAGCUAAGCAAGUGCUUCUCUUUGUUGUGUAGAGAGAAAUGCGGCUGAAGCCUGUUUACCUUUGCUGCAAAAUACUCUCAGUGCAGAGAGUCUCUCUGGAAGAAUAAACGCUCUUGUCCCCAGCUGCUCAUGGAAAGCCUUCUGGCCCUCCUCGGGAUCACUCUGCUCUCAAUGGCAGUGGGCUGAGGAUUAGAUAAAUAUUUUCAUGUGUAGUGCAGUAGCUGGCUCAAAGGGAUCAGCAAACUUGGAAUAAUAGUUCAUAACAAAAUGCUUUCUGAAAAGCUUGCCUGACUUGUGUUACUCCCAUUGGCUCAGUUUUAUCUGGUGUGUAGGACAGAGGGAAAAUGUGGAUAAUGUGGAAGGUUCACUUUUUCAAGGAGCCCCUCUCACUCAGUUUCAUGCCAAGUGCUUGAGCCCUGCAGCUUUCAGCCCUGUUUUGUUCAGCGUUUCCUUUGCUUCCUGCUGCUUGAAAAGCUGUUUAUGCUAAUGAUGCCGGGAAGAUCUGAGGGACCGGCUGUGCCCGUGGAUGUGAGCCCUGUGUCAGCCCUCGGGUCCCUGUCCCUCCAGUGAGUGCGCGCAGUGCAGCGCCACUCAGCGUGCCGGGGCUGGAGCACUGCGGAAGGCCAUCCCUCCACGGGGCUGUCUUCCUGCUGGGGGAGGACUGUCCAGUCCUUUUGAGGUGCCUGAUGGAUCUUUUCUUUCUGUAGACCAUUGUGUGCUGCCUCAUCCCCUUCUGGGGCCUCCGGCCCUUCAGGACCUGUGGGCUAGAAUCCCUCAGAACGAGAAAGUUCACAGCGUUCACAGGGACUUCCACAGAGGCAAAACUUCUUCAGUGAAAGGGUGAUCAGGCACUGGCACAGCCUGCCCAGGGCAGUGGUGGAGUCCCCUAGAGGGAUUUAAAAGAUGUGUAGAUGUGGCAUCUGGGGACAUGGGUUAGUGGUAGCCUUGGAAGUGCUGGAGGAACAGUCAAUGAUCUUAAGGUUUUCUUUCCAACCCAAAUGAUUCUGUGGCUCUGUGAAUUCUUGGCUUUGCCAGGAUAACAAACCUGUUUGCGAGGACUUGCAACUCCAAGAGUCUUUGGAACCUAUGAGUCAAUAUUGGUUAGAUGCUUCUUCCACCAGCAGGCAGGUCUGGCUUGCUAAUUCUGUUCCCUGUGCAAAGGUGUUGAACGUGGCCACGCGUCCAGCUGGAACAGGCUGGCACUGAGCAGAACUGUGUGAGAAGUCAGAGCUGAGCUUGGGCUUUUGGUUAGUAAAGCCUUACUGCAGAAGAGGAAGCAGGUGAGAUGUAGAGCUUGUUCAGGAUUUGGCAAGACUGAUACCUUGCUGUGCGUACUCGUCAAACCACGUUUGCUGGUGAGGCAACUCCACUGUGCUCAGGUGUGUGCCAAAACACAGCUUGGUCUUGAUUGGAGAGGUGCAAGAUGUGACUUGCUAUGGGAAAGGGAGAAAUUAGUUUAUAAUUUCUUCUUUAGAAUGUUGAACUUGGCAAAUAAAUAUCAGUACUUUCAGGAUUUUUCUUCUGGUUAGGAAUUGCAUAAGAGGACUCCCAAGGCACUGGUGAUGUAAAAUGUUGACGGAACCCCCUAGCUAGAAAUUACUCUUAACGCUGUGCAUCUGCAUUCCCUGUUACGCUCAGGUUUUGGCUUAUAAGAACUGUUUUAUCCUAAAUUAAGUCCUGUUGCAGAAUCCUCAGCACUUCCCUUAGGCUGGCCAGUAUCUUUCUGCUUUCUGGCACCUUAUGAAUAGGAGAGAGUUAGGAUCCGUGUCUUCUGUUUAGCUUACAAGACAGAAGCUUUUUACAGAACUAGGAGUUGAAACUCUCAGUAUUGCCACGCAGCUCGAAUCUCCAGCCCGUGUUGCCGAGGAAAUGUAAAAAGAUCUUUCUAUUCUAGGAAGUGACUCUUCACAUAUUUGUGCGAUAGCAGCUGCUGCAGAAAUCACAUAAAAUGACAACAUGCUCCUGCCACCUUGUUUUACCCUCUUCUGUGACUGUCCUGCUUGCCAAGUGAAGCAGCAUGUGCUCACCUAAUUGCAGGCAGUAUCAUAAUACAUAUGCAUAAAGGAGCAAAAUUAAAGUUGCUUUGGCAACAUACAUUCUGUUCUUUCUUAAUUUUUGAAUUCUCGAUCCUAGGCAAUUAUUUUUAUCAUGUCUUUCCAUAUGCAAUUUCCGAAGUGUUACCAGAGUGCUGUGUAGCACACCAGGUGCGGGAGGCGACACAGAAAGCUUUGAUGCUCCUGAUUCAUUGUGUCUGCUCCAGAGGGACACAGUGACUGCCUUGUGCACCCCCAGCUCUUGGGAGCUUUGAGCAUACCUGGUCCCAGGGAUCACCACUGUCCCUUCCCAAGCUAUUCUGUGUUUCUAUGACCAUGAAGUUGAGUUGGCUUCUCACUUAUCUUUGAUAUGUCCAUCCCUAGUUUUUAGGCUGGAACAAGUGUCAUUGAGUGCCAUUGCUGAGACAGGAGCUUCUUGGCUGAGCUGGACAACCAGCACUCUUCAGGCUCUGUCCUUCUGAGGAUGCUGCUGAAGGCCAGGCUGAGCGUGUCCGAGCUGUACCGGGUGCAAUGAGCGCUCCGUGCCGGCCCUGCCAUGGAAGGCUGUGACUCACCUGUCAUCCCUGGGAAGGACAAUGGGUGCAGCAUCCCUCAGCACCAGCAAUGGACUGAUCUCAACAGCGCCCACCUCCCCGACCCAGCCGGCAGCAUGGAGCAGCCCGCGGCGGAGAGCCGCGGCCCCCUGGACAGCCUGAGGGUCCCCUUCCCCGAGCGCGUCCCCGAGAGCAGCACGGCGGCGGGUCCCGGCACCGAGCCCACCGGCAAGGAGGUGAGCUGCGGGCAGUGCGCCGCGUCCUUCGCCGGCCUGCAGAGCUACAUGGAGCACCGCUGCACCGGCACCCGCCCACCCCCACCGCUGAGGGGGGAGAGCGGGAGCGAGAGCAGCGAGGACGGCGAGGAGGAGAGCGACGUGGAGAACCUGGCUGGCGAGAUCGUCUACCAGCCCGACGGCUCAGCCUACAUCGUGGAGAGCCUCAGCCAGCUGGUGCAAAGCGGGGGCACCGGCGGCAGUGGGACUCUCCCCUCGCUGCUCCCAAACUCUCUGCCCAAGCAGGGAGAACCCUCCGCCGCCGCUCCCGUCUACCCACAGAUCAUCAACACCUUCCACAUAGCCUCAUCCUUCGGGAAGUGGUUUGAGGGCUCAGACCAGGCCUUCCCGAAUACCUCAGCCCUGGCGGGCAUCAGCCCCGUCCUGCACAGCUUCCGCGUCUUCGAUGUGCGACACAAAAGCAACAAGGAUUACCUGAACAGCGACGGUUCUGCCAAAAGCUCCUGCGUAUCCAAAGAUGUUCCCAACAAUGUGGACCUGUCCAAAUUUGAUGGCUUUGUGCUCUAUGGUAAGAGGAAGCCCAUCCUGAUGUGUUUCUUGUGCAAGCUCUCCUUUGGGUAUGUCCGCUCGUUCGUGACCCACGCCGUGCACGACCACCGAAUGACUCUGAGCGAGGAGGAGCGGAAAAUUCUUAGCAAUAAGAACAUCUCCGCUAUCAUCCAAGGGAUAGGCAAAGACAAGGAACCCCUUGUCAGCUUUCUGGAACCAAAAAACAAAACCUUUCAGCACCCUCUCGUUUCCACAGCUAACCUCAUAGGCCCUGGACACAGUUUUUAUGGUAAAUUCAGUGGCAUUUGCAUGGAAGGCGAGCAGCCCCUCCAGGCUGGGGCAGCCAGCGGAGCGGAGCCACCGUCGGCAACAAGUGUCCUGGCCCCCGGUGCGCUCCUCAACCUGGGUGGGCUGACCAGCUCGGCUCUGAAGACUCCCAUUACCUCAGUCCCCCUGGGCCCACUGGCUUCCAGUCCCACCAAAUCCUCGGAGGGAAAGGACCCUGGGGUGGCAGAGGGGGAGAAGCAGGAGGGGGGCGACCAGGACAGCCUCUCGGAAAAGGCAGAGCCAGUUGAGGAGGUGGAAGAGGAGGAGGAAGAGGAUGUAGAGGAGGAGGAGGAGGAAGAGGAGGAGGAGGAAGAGGAAGAAGAUGAGGAUGAUGAGGGUUGCAAAGGACUGUUUCCUAGCGAGUUGGAGGAUGAACUGGAGGACCGGCCCCAGGAGGACGCUGGGGCUGUGGCAGGCAGCGGCAGCAGCAAAAAGGACCUUGCUCUCUCAAACCAAAGCAUUUCUAACUCUCCCUUAAUGCCUAACGUGCUCCAGACCCUGUCACGGGGCACAGCUUCUACUAGUUCUAAUUCUGCUUCUUCCUUUGUCUUUGAUGGUGCAAACAGGAGGAAUCACUUAAGCUUUAACAAUGAGGGCGGCGGAGCCAGCGUGGCCGAGGGCAGCAGGAGGCUGGACUUUAUCGAUGAAAGUGCCAAUAAAGACAAUGCCACAGCACCAGAACCAAAUGAGAGCGCGGAGGGCGAGGACGGGAGCUACAUCUCCCAUCACCAGCAUGCUGGCCCCCUCUGUGAACUUGGGGGUGGGGAGUGCCCUUCGGGGAGCGGCGUGGAGUGCCCAAAGUGUGACACGGUCCUGGGCUCCUCGCGGUCGCUGGGUGGCCACAUGACUAUGAUGCAUUCUCGCAACUCGUGUAAGACACUCAAGUGUCCCAAGUGCAAUUGGCACUACAAGUACCAGCAGACGCUCGAGGCGCACAUGAAGGAGAAACAUCCUGAGCCGGGCGGUUCCUGCGUCUACUGCAAGAGCGGGCAGCCGCACCCGCGGCUGGCGCGGGGCGAGAGCUACACCUGUGGUUACAAGCCCUUCCGCUGCGAGGUCUGUAACUACUCCACUACUACCAAAGGCAACCUCAGUAUUCAUAUGCAGUCCGACAAGCAUCUCAACAACAUGCAGAACCUGCAGAACGGAGGGGGAGAGCAAGUCUUCAGCCACACCGCGGGGGCGGCAGCAGCAGCUGCGGCAGCUGCGGCGGCCGCGGCCGCCAACAUUGGUAGCACCUGUGGGGCCCCCUCCCCCACCAAACCAAAAACCAAACCUACAUGGCGGUGUGAGGUGUGUGACUAUGAGACCAACGUAGCUAGAAACCUUCGGAUUCACAUGACCAGUGAGAAGCACAUGCACAAUAUGAUGCUGCUUCAGCAAAAUAUGUCCCAAAUCCAACACAACCGGCACCUGGGCCUCGGCAGCCUGCCGUCCCCUGCUGAGGCCGAGCUCUACCAGUACUACCUGGCGCAGAACAUGAACCUUCCCAACUUGAAGAUGGACAGCACUUCUUCAGAUGCACAGUUCAUGAUGGGGGGGUUCCAGCUCGAUCCCACCAACCCCAUGGCAACGAUGACUCCAUCUCUAGUGGGUGGAGAGAUCCCGCUGGACAUGCGGUUAGGUGGUGGACAGCUGGUGUCUGAGGAGCUCAUGAACUUGGGUGAGAGUUUCACGCAAACAAACGACCCGUCUCUGAAGCUCUUCCAGUGCGCUGUGUGUAACAAGUUCACUACAGAUAAUUUGGACAUGUUGGGCCUCCACAUGAAUGUGGAGCGAAGCCUCCCCGAGGACGAAUGGAAGGCGGUGAUGGGGGACUCGUACCAGUGCAAGCUCUGCCGCUACAACACGCAGCUCAAGGCCAACUUCCAGCUUCACUGUAAGACGGACAAGCACGUGCAGAAAUACCAGCUGGUGGCACACAUCAAGGAGGGGGGCAAAGCCAAUGAGUGGAGGCUCAAGUGUGUGGCCAUUGGGAACCCAGUCCAUCUGAAAUGCAACGCGUGCGACUACUACACCAACAGUUUGGAGAAGCUGCGUCUUCACACCGUGAACUCAAGGCAUGAGGCCAGCCUGAAGCUCUACAAGCACCUGCAGCACCAUGAGAGCGGGGUCGAAGGUGAAAGCUGUUACUACCACUGUGUCCUCUGUAAUUACUCCACCAAGGCCAAGCUGAACCUCAUCCAGCACGUGCGCUCCAUGAAACACCAGCGGAGCGAAAGCCUCCGGAAGCUGCAGCGCCUACAGAAAGGUCUUCCUGAAGAAGAGGAGGAUCUGGGGCAGAUCUUCACCAUCCGGAAGUGUCCAGCUGCCGAGGCCGAAGAACCCAGUGAAGAUGUGGAAGGGCCCAAUGAAACAACUGGUGAUGCUGAGGAGCCUGCCAAGGAGCAAGAGAGUGGAGGGGACAAGGACCAGAGUAAAUGGACAGCACCAGCCAGCCAGGCAGAGAAGGAGCUGACGGAGCCUUCAGCGUCCUCUAAGCGGAUAUCAUUUCCCAGCAGCUCUGAGUCGCCUCUCUCCUUUAAAUGGUCAAAAACUUCAGAGGAGACCAAAUCAGAGCAGAUGUACCAGUGUCCGUAUUGCAAGUACAGCAACACAGACGUGAACCGGCUGCGGGUGCAUGCCAUGACCCAGCACUCUGUGCAGCCCAUGCUCCGCUGCCCGCUCUGCCAGGACAUGCUGAAUAACAAGAUCCACCUGCAGUUGCACCUCACCCACCUGCACAGCGUGUCACCUGACUGUGUUGAGAAACUCAUCAUGACGGUGACAACCCCUGAGGUGAUGAUGCCCAGCAGCAUGUUCCUCCCAGCAGCUGCUCCAGAGAAGGAUGGUAACUCAGGCACCGAGGAGCUGGGGAAGCAGCCUGAGAUCUCUGAAGACACAGGGAAGAACCUUUUGCCAUCAGACAGUGCAGAGCACAGCGGGGACCCCAAGCCUGCUCCAGCUGAUCCGAGUGCUGCCCGGGAGGACUCUGGCUUCCUGUGCUGGAAGAAGGGCUGCAGCCAGGUGUUCAAGAGCUCAGCAGCCCUGCAGACACACUUCAACGACGUCCACGCCAAGCGGCCUCAGCUGCCGGUCUCUGACCGCCACGUCUACAAGUACCGCUGCAACCAGUGCAGCCUGGCCUUCAAAACCAUUGAGAAGCUGCAGCUCCACUCCCAGUACCACGUCAUCCGGGCAGCCACCAUGUGCUGCCUCUGUCAGCGCAGCUUCCGAACCUUCCAGGCCCUGAAGAAGCACCUGGAAACCAGCCACCUAGAGCUGAGCGAGGCCGACAUUCAGCAGCUGUAUGGUGGUCUCUUGGUCAACGGAGACCUCCUUGCUAUGGGUGACCCUUCACUUGCAGAGGACCACACAAUAAUAGUUGAGGAAGAUAAGGAGGAGGAGAGCGACCUGGAAGAUAAGCAGAGCCCGACAGGCAGCGAUUCUGGUUCCGUGCAGGAGGACUCUGGCUCAGAACCAAAAAGGGCCUUACCCUUCAGGAAGGGCCCUAACUUCACUAUGGAGAAAUUCCUAGAUCCGUCUCGCCCAUACAAGUGCACAGUCUGCAAGGAAUCCUUCACACAGAAGAACAUUCUCCUGGUCCAUUACAAUUCUGUUUCUCAUCUGCAUAAACUGAAACGAGCCCUCCAAGAGUCUGCUACUGGGCAACCUGAGCCAACCAGCAGCCCAGACAACAAACCUUUCAAGUGUAACACCUGCAACGUGGCCUACAGCCAGAGCUCAACCCUGGAGAUCCACAUGAGGUCUGUCCUGCACCAGACCAAGGCUCGCGCGGCCAAGCUGGAGGCGGCAGGCAGCAGCAGCAAUGGGGCUGGCAACGGCAGCAGCAGCGGCCUCUCCUUGGGUUCAUCCACACCGAGCCCCGUGAGUGCCAGCAACAGCAAUGCUUUUGCAACCACCAGCACGAGCACUUCAGGCACCACUCCCAUUCCCAGCCUGCUCAACCAGGUGUCCAGCGACAGCGUGGGAAUUCCUCCGUUGGGUAACCCUGUAAGCACUAACAUCUCCUCCCCUUCGGAGCCCAAAGAGGUGAACCGCAAGAAACUGGCAGACAUGAUUGCAUCCAGGCAGCAGCAGCAGCAGCAGCAGCAGCAGCAACAGCAGCAACAAGCCCAAACCUUGGCACAGGCACAGGCACAGGUCCAGGCCCACCUGCAGCAGGAGCUGCAGCAGCAAGCUGCUCUCCUGCAGUCCCAGCUCUUCAACCCAGCACUUUUGCCGCACUUUCCGAUGACCACCGAGACCCUUCUGCAGCUGCAGCAGCAGCAGCAUCUUCUGUUCCCAUUCUACAUCCCCAGUGCCGAGUUCCAGCUCAAUCCAGAAGUCAGCUUGCCUGUCACCAGCGGUGCACUGACAUUGACUGGGACAGGUCCAACUUUGCUGGAGGACCUGAAGGCACAAGUUCAGCUCCCUCAGCAGAGCCAUCCACAGCUCUUGCAGCAGCAGCAAGGUCAGCUGUCAUUAUCACAACCCCACUCCGUCCUGUUACAGCAGAGCCAGCACCCAGAGAAGAAGAAUAAAUCCAUAGUGAAGGAGAAAGAUAAAGAAACCCCACGGGAAAGGGAAAACGCAGAGAGGGGAGACAAUAAUGUAACAUUGAAGGAGUCUCUGCCUGAUAACUUAAAGCUCAAAGAGAAGAAGGACUUUGUGCCAGGCAGCAGUUCAGAGCCCUCCAUCCUGCCCCCACGGAUCGCCUCUGAUGCAAGGGGCAACGCCACCAAAGCCUUGCUGGAAAACUUUGGCUUUGAGCUUGUCAUUCAGUACAACGAGAACAAGCAGAAAGUGCAGAAGAAAAACGGGAAGACAGACCAAGGUGAGAACUUGGAAAAGCUGGAGUGCGAUACGUGCGGCAAGUUAUUCUCAAACAUACUCAUCCUGAAGAGCCACCAAGAGCACGUUCACCAACAUUACUUUCCCUUUAAGCAGUUGGAGAAAUUUGCCAAACAGUACAGAGAACACUACGACAAACUGUACCCACUGCGGCCUCAGACCCCCGAGCCACCACCCCCGCCUCCACCGCCCCCCCCUCCGCUCCCUCCCGCUCCUCCUCAGCCGGCUGCCGCUCCUGCCAUCCCUACUUCUGCCCCACCGAUUACUUCUCCCACGAUUGCACCAGCCCAGCCAUCUGUGCCACUCACCCAGCUCUCCAUGCCCAUGGAGCUCCCCAUCUUCUCACCACUCAUGAUGCAAACCAUGCCCCUGCAGACAUUACCCGCGCAGCUGCCGCCCCAGCUGGGCCCUGUAGAUCCCCUACCCGCCGACUUGGCCCAGUUGUACCAGCAUCAGCUGAACCCCAGCCUUCUCCAGCAGCAGCAGAACAAGAGGCCACGGACACGGAUCACUGAUGACCAGCUCAGAGUCCUUCGGCAGUAUUUUGACAUUAACAAUUCCCCAAGUGAGGAACAGAUCAAAGAGAUGGCAGACAAAUCCGGAUUGCCCCAGAAAGUGAUCAAGCACUGGUUCAGAAACACCCUGUUCAAGGAGCGCCAGCGUAACAAGGACUCCCCAUACAACUUCAGCAACCCUCCCAUUACUAGCCUGGAAGAGCUAAAGAUAGACUCACGGCCUCCUUCUCCAGAGCCUCAAAAGCAGGAGUACUGGGGAAGCAAGCGGUCCUCUCGGACACGCUUUACUGACUACCAGCUCAGAGUCCUGCAGGACUUCUUUGAUGCCAAUGCUUACCCAAAGGACGAUGAAUUUGAGCAGCUUUCUAACUUGCUGAACCUCCCCACGCGUGUUAUAGUGGUGUGGUUCCAGAAUGCCCGUCAGAAAGCUAGGAAAAACUAUGAAAAUCAGGGAGAAGGCAAAGAUGGGGAGCGACGCGAGCUCACAAACGACAGGUACAUUAGAACAAGCAACUUGAACUACCAGUGCAAAAAAUGCAGUCUGGUCUUUCAGCGCAUUUUUGAUCUCAUUAAACACCAGAAAAAGCUUUGUUACAAAGAUGAGGAUGAGGAUGGACAGGAUGAUAGCCAGAACGAAGACUCUAUGGAUGCAAUGGAGCUCUUGACUCCAACCAGUUCCUCCUGCAGCACACCAAUGCCCUCACAAGCUUACAGCACACCUACAUCUUCAGCCAACACAACCUCCUCAGCUUUUCUGCAGCUCACAGCAGAGGCAGACGAUUCCUCCACCUUUAGUUCUAAAGUAGAACCUACAGAUGAGAAACCAAAGCAGUCUGAACCUCCAAGUACACAGCAAAACCAAACCCAAGAGAAGCAAGUGCAACCAAAGCAAGAGUCUCAGCAGCAACAGGACCAAGGAGAACAAAAGACAAGUUCAGCACACCAAAAGAUUUCACAGUUAUCCUCCCCCUCCUCACUGCAGCAGCCACCUCCUCCCCCUCAGCCCCCUCAAUGCUCCUUGUCACAGUCAAGCCCAAGUCCAUCUCAGCUCUCACACCUCUCCCUCAAACCCAUUCACACCUCCACCCCUCAGCAGCUGGCAAACCUACCUCCUCAACUAAUCCCAUACCAGUGUGACCAGUGUAAGCUGGCAUUUCCUUCCUUCGAGCAUUGGCAGGAGCAUCAGCAGCUCCAUUUCCUGAGUGCACAGAACCAGUUUAUCCACCCCCCAUUCCUGGACAGAACGCUGGAUAUGCCGUUCAUGCUUUUUGAUCCCAGUAAUCCACUACUGGCGAGCCAGCUGCUGUCUGGAACGUUACCACAGAUUCCAGCAAGCUCGGCCACCUCACCGUCAACUCCAACAUCCACCAUGAACACGCUGAAGAGAAAGCUGGAGGAAAAGGCCAGCGCAAGCCCUGGAGAGAAUGACAGUGGGACUGGGGGAGAAGAACCCCAAAGGGAUAAACGUCUAAGGACAACCAUUACCCCCGAGCAGCUAGAAAUUCUGUACCAGAAAUAUUUGCUCGACUCCAACCCUACACGGAAGAUGCUGGAUCACAUUGCGCAUGAAGUGGGCUUGAAGAAGCGGGUGGUGCAGGUUUGGUUCCAGAACACCCGUGCACGGGAGAGGAAAGGGCAGUUCAGAGCUGUGGGGCCGGCCCAAGCCCACAGAAGGUGUCCCUUCUGCCGAGCUCUCUUUAAAGCAAAGACAGCUCUGGAAGCUCAUAUCCGAUCCCGGCACUGGCAUGAAGCCAAGCGAGCUGGGUACAACCUGACACUGUCUGCUAUGCUUCUGGACUGCGAUGGGGGACUUCAGAUGAAGGGAGACAUCUUUGAUGGAGCCAGCUUUUCCCACAUGCCACCAACUAGCAGUGACGGACAGAGUGUUCCCCUCUCCCCGGUGAACAAGAGCAUGGAACUGUCACCUCGAACUCUGCUGAGUCCGUCCUCCAUUAAGGUGGAAGGGAUUGAAGACUUCGAGAGUCCAUCCAUGUCCUCAGUCAAUCUGAGCUUUGACCAGACAAAGCUGGACAACGAUGACUGCUCUUCUGUCAACACCGCGAUCACAGACACCACCACAGGAGACGAAGGCAAUGCAGACAACGAUAGUGCAACAGGGAUUGCAACCGAAACCAAAUCCACAUCGGGACCCAGUGAAGGUCUGACAAAAGCUGCCAUGAUAGCAAUGUCUGAAUACGAAGAUCGUCUGUCUUCUGGCCUGGUCAGCCCAGCUCCCAGCUUUUACAGCAAAGAGUACGACAAUGAAGGUACUGUGGACUACAGUGAAACCUCCAGCCUUGCAGACCCCUGCUCGCCCAGCCCUGGCGCAAGUGGUUCAGCCAGCAAGUCUGGCGAGAGCGGGGACCGGCCCGGACAGAAACGCUUUCGCACUCAGAUGACUAAUCUCCAGCUCAAGGUUCUUAAGUCAUGCUUUAAUGACUACAGGACACCAACCAUGCUGGAGUGUGAGGUCCUGGGCAAUGACAUUGGACUGCCAAAGAGAGUUGUUCAGGUCUGGUUCCAGAAUGCAAGGGCAAAGGAGAAGAAGUCAAAACUCAGCAUGGCCAAGCAUUUUGGUAUAAACCAAACAAGUUACGAGGGACCCAAAACAGAGUGCACUUUGUGUGGCAUCAAGUACAGCGCUCGGCUGUCUGUACGUGACCAUAUCUUCUCUCAACAGCAUAUCUCCAAAGUUAAAGAAACCAUUGGAAGCCAGUUGGAUAAGGAAAAGGAGUAUUUCGACCCAGCUACUGUACGUCAGUUGAUGGCUCAGCAGGAGCUGGACCGGAUCAAAAAAGCCAAUGAGGUUCUUGGUCUGGCAGCUCAACAGCAGGGCAUGUUUGACAACACCCCCCUGCAAGCUCUGAACCUUCCUGCUGCGUACCCAGCGCUCCAGGGCAUCCCUCCAGUCUUACUCCCAGGCCUCAACAGCCCAUCCUUACCCAGCUUCACUCCAUCCAACACAGCUUUAACUUCUCCCAAACCCAACCUGAUGGGCCUGCCCAGCACAAGCGUCCCUUCACCUGGCCUCCCCACCUCUGGAUUACCAAAUAAGCAGCCCCCGGCCGCGCUGAGCUCGCCCACCCCGGCACAAGCCACAGCAGCCGUGGCCCCACAGCAACCUCCGGCGACGACCCCACAGCCACAGCCGCAGCAGGCGCCCCCACCACAGCGCAAGGAGAAGGAGAGCGAGAAGGCAAAAGAGAAGGAGAAGGCACCGAAGGGGAAGGGGGACCCCCUGCCAGGGCCCAAGAAGGAGAAGGGGGAGGCGCCGGCGGGUGCCCUUGCAGCCCCACUGCCUGCCAUGGAGUACGCGGUGGAACCCACCCAGCUCCAGGCGCUGCAGGCCGCCCUGAAUUCAGACCCCACCACCUUGCUGACGAGCCAGUUCCUUCCCUACUUCGUCCCCGGCUUUUCCCCCUACUACGCCCCGCAGAUCCCUGGCGCCCUGCAGAGCGGGUACCUGCAGCCCAUGUACGGGAUGGAGGGGCUGUUCCCCUACAGCCCCGCGCUGUCGCAGGCGCUGCUGGGGCUGUCGCCCGGCUCGCUGCUGCAGCAGUACCAGCAAUACCAGCAGAGUCUGCAGGAGGCAUUGCAGCAGCAGCAGCGGCAGCAGCAGCAGCAGCAACAGCAGAAAGCGCAGCAGCCCAAAGGAAGCCAAACCCCCGUCCCCACGGGGGCUGCCACCCCGGACAAAGACCCUGCCAAAGAACCCCCCAAGCAAGAGGAGCAGAAGAAUGCACCCCGCGAGGUGUCCCCCCUCCUGCCCAAACCCCAAGAAGAGCCCGAAGCAGAAGGCAAGGGCGCGGACUCCCUCUGCGACCCUUUCAUCGUCCCGAAGGUGCAGUACAAGCUGGUCUGCCGCAAGUGCCAGGCGUGCUUUGGCGACCAGGAGGCGGCCAGCGACCACCUGAAGUCCCUCUGCUUCUUCGGCCAGUCCGUGGCGAACCUGCAUGAGAUGGUGCUUCACGUGCCCACCGGCAGCGGCCAGGGCAGCGGCUCGUACCAGUGCGUGGCGUGCGAGAGCACGGUGUGUGGGGACGAAGCCCUCAGUCAGCAUCUCGAGUCAGCCCCGCACAAACACCGAACAAUCACAAGAGCAGCAAGAAACGCCAAAGAGCACCCCAGUCUAUUACCUCACUCUGCCUGCCCCCCCGACCCCAGCACCGCAUCUACCUCGCAGUCGGCCGCUCACUCAAACGACAGCCCCCCGCCCCCCCGGCCCCCCCCGGCUUCCCCCCACGCCUCCAGAAAGCCCUGGCCCCCGGCAGCCUCCCGCGCCCCGCCGGGGAAGCCGCCACCACCGCCUUUCCCUCCUCUCUCCUCAUCUUCAACGGUUACCUCAAGUUCAUGCAGCACCUCAGGGGUUCAGCCCUCGAUGCCAACAGACGACUAUUCGGAGGAGUCUGACACGGAUCUUAGCCAAAAGUCAGAUGGACCGGCGAGCCCGGCGGAGGGGCCCCGGGACCCCGGCUGCCCUAAGGACAGUGGUCUAGCUAGCGUAGGAAUGGACACCUUCAGAUUGUAAGCUUUGAAGAUGAACAAUGAAAAUGAAUUUAAAUAAAAAAGUUAAUAACAAACCAAUUUCAAAAAUAGACUAACUGCAAUUCCAAAGCUUCUAACCAAAAAAAAAAAAAGAAAAAAGAAAAAAAGAAAAAACGUGGGUUGUUUUCCCAUAUAACGAUGCCGGUGGGUUUUACAUUUCUUUUUUCCUUUCCUUUUAAUAAAAUAAAACUUUGAAAAAGAAAAAAAAAAAAUCUGUUACAUUUGUCCUCUCGAAGGUACUGUUGGUCUGGGAGACGAAGGCCCGUGCUGCCUCCUCGCGCCUGCGGAGCUCGCGCCCCUGUACAUUGCCCCUGUCCGAUCCCCCGUCAAUAGCACAGCAGAGCCCGGCAGCGCUGUAUGGGAAAGCAGCCCACCUGGAGACAGUUUUAAAUUUCUUGCUAUCUUAGCAUUCAGAUACCAAUGGCUUGCUAAAAGAAAAAAGAAAUGUAAUGUCUUUUUAUUCUCAGGUCAAUCGCUCACACUUUGUUCUGUUUUCAGAAUCAUUGUUUUAUAUAUAUAUAUAUAUAUAUAAAAUUUCUUUCAUUUGUUUUGGGGUUUUUGUUUUGUUUUGUUUUUGUUCCAGAAAAGGAUUUUUUUUUUUUUUUUUUUUUUUGUUAAUUUAAAAUGGGCAGAAAGUAUUCAAGAGAAAAACAAUGUGAACUGCUUUAGCUUUUCGGGGAUUUUAAGGGUAGCUUUUCUGCUGAAGCCAAUUCCAAGGGGAAAAGUUAAGCACUCCCACUUUUCAGAAAAAAAAAACCCACACAGAGAGUGUUGAGGACUCGGAGCUUAAAAAAAAAAAGUUUUAAAACAACUGACUUUCUGUAUUUAUGAUAGAUAUGACCAUUUUUGGUGUUGAGUAGAUUGUUGCAUUGGAAAUGAACUGAAGCAGUAUGGUAGAUUUAAAAGAAAAAAACCCUUUUGUGUACAUUUAGCUUUUGUAUGGUCCAGCUGACGGCUUCUCAUUUGAUGUUGUCUUGUUCAUUCCUAGCCAGAUAGAUUGCGAUCCAUCGACUCGCCUGAGCUUUUCUCCCCUUUGUACCUUUAUCCCCAUCCCCAUCCUGUAAUCUUCCACUUAUGGUCGCUACCUUCAUUUCUUAGAGGGUGGUUGCAUAAUUAUUUUAUAAAAACUAAAGAAAGAAGUUCAAAGGGUUUUGGGGGUCAGUAGGAUCCCUUGCAGAAUAUUUUUUGUUGGGGGUUUGAAACUUUUUAAGGCGUAUACAUACGAUUUACCUAUGUCUGUUACCCUUGUGCACUUAUUUUGUUCUUAUUUUCCAUUUCUCUUUUUUUUUUUUUUCUCUUCCCCUCUUCCUUUCCUCAUUUUGUAAAUGCUUCAAAGACUCUGUUCCUGACCUCUGAGCAUCGGUUCUGUUUGUGUAAUUAGGCUGCACUCUGUUCCUUCUUUUGAAAAAAAAAAAAAAAAAGGUUUUGUUACAUUUUUUUUCUCUAAAGAAAAUUCAUGCUUUAAAUAAAAAUCCAAAGACAUACCCUUCACCACUGGUGCAGAAUGAGCAAAAAGGAUUCUUUUUACUUGAGAAUUUGUUUCUGAUUUAAACAAACAAGUCUAAGUUUAAAUAAAGAAUAAAAAAAGUACCCAGGUUGUUAUCUGUGCUUCUUCUGCAAGCAGAGAGACAACUCUUAGUGAGCACCCAGCGCACCCCUGGCAGGUUUCUCUUUCCAAGUUCUCUCCAUGGCAGCAGCGGGUGCCAGGCUCAGGGAUGCCCAGAGCCCCUUGGCCUCCUCCAGGCACCCGGGCACACCUCGGCCCAGACUUUGAAAGGAAAACUUUGUGCUGCUAAAAUGUAGAUUUUGGAGAUGUAGAUGCUUUGCUGUUCCCUUCCGUAACCAAAUGCCAACAGAAAAAACCUCCUUCUCCCCCCCGUUUCCUCUGCCCUCGAAAGCGCGAAAGCCUUCUCCCACCAUCGUCAUCCUCCUCCUGCUUCAAAAGGGAACUUGGAAGACUGUGAAUGCAGGUUCCUCCCACCGCCUCCAGCCGCUCCUCCCCGGGCCGAAGCCACUCGCUGCCUCCACGAGAGAUUGGAGCAUCCGAGAGACGAGCGCGGGUUUCUAGCGGGACACUUAUAUUUUUAUGGAAUUUUGGUUUUAGUUCGAUGAAAGACUAGAUCCUGAACAGUUGUACAUAUUUCUAGGGUAAUGCACAUAUUCCUUUUUUAAUUGUUUUUUAAGUAGUCGAUACUAAAGCGCGAACCACCGGAUGUUCCUCCCAGGACCCAGCUGUAGCACAAGGUGUCAAAACCGGAACCACGUACCCACGGAGCAUUUGCUGUUUUAACAAACUGUUUUCUUUAACAGAAGUUCUUGUAUUUCUCCCCGUGUUUGAGAUGAACAUUUUUUAAAUUCUAAAGUUGUACAGUUUUUUGUUUUCCAUUAUUUUAUCUUGUUUGUAAUUCUAUGAAAUAUAUAUAUAUAUAUUUUUUGCCAUUUAACUGUUGUAUGUUACUCUGUCUGUAUCAUAUAGAAAUUUUUUUGUUUGUUUUGUUUUGGAUUCUCUCUGUGAUGCCAGUUCCCAGUUUAACACGAGCUUUAUCUGUCCAAUUCCUCAAGGUCUCUUUUGGAAAUCCUUUUGUUUUGUCUUGUUUCGGUUUUUUAAUUAUAUUGCUUGGUCAUAGUGCAAUUUCUCUCUCCUCCUUCCCACCCACUAAAAAGUUUUAUAAAUUCAUUUUCUUGUAUUUUUUCUAAAUGUUUCUAGAGACUUUUCAGUGCGAGGUUGCCUCCUCCCCUUACCUGGGGCCAAUGAGGGGACCUCAUGGCCCCGCUGGGAUCCCCAGCCCUGCCAGCGCCGGCCUCGUGCUCGCAGAGCCCCAACACCUGCCCCGGGGGGCUGCGGGAGCGACGUCAGCACACGGGAACACCUGCGUGACCCCGAGCCCACGCGUGGCCUUCCCAGCGAGCAACAGAGAGGGGCCGGGCUGGGCAUGAGGAAAACACUUCAAACUUAGCAUUGAGCGGGUUUCUUUUUUAUUUUUAAUAAAAAGCUUUUUUAAGUGGUGAAGAUGGCCAAAGUUUCAUACAAUUGAGAAUAAAGAGAGGCGUCAGGGGUGUGUGGGGCCGCCCGGGGCUGGCAGGGGACAAGGGGGGCGGACACAGCCGGCACGCUCGCUGAAAUAUAUUUUGCUUUAAGAAAAAAUUAAACUUUUAAAUGGAAGCAGAAAUUGGGGUUGGUUGGUUGGUUGGUUGGUUGGUCGGUUGGUUGGUUGGUUGGUCGGUCAGUUGGUCGGCACUGAUACUGCCCACUGUGAAACAAAGCUUUGACUAUUUUUUCGUUUUUAUUUGGGGGGGCAAGUUUGGGUAGAACAGAAAGCAUAAAUGAGGUGAAGAGGGUUAUGAACAGCCUUUGCAAUGUACAAAAACUAGAGCAAGUGAAACCAAAAAUGAUGUUCUUGGUGUUUUUCUAUACUGUAGUCUUGUUAGCUUUUUUGUUACUGUAACAAUGCUGAUCUCGAACUGUACCAAAAUACAUGAGACUGACAGAAACAAACCACAUGGAACUUUCAAAACUUUAAAAAACUGUCACAAAAGACUUUGUUGUCAUAGUUGAGUUGACUGUAGAUGGUAAUUGAAUAUACUCCUUUGGAACUAUUUCAUCA